GACGAGAGAAGUUUCUAAAUAUUCCGAUCUAUAACGAUUUAUAAUCUCCGGAUCUCAAACUUUAUUCUGUAUCGGAUAGGGAACCGGUGGACUCCCAGGCAACAUAACAAGCAGAAAGAUCCUAGAGUAUCGGUACCAGCUAUCCCGACGCAUUAUUUGUCUCAUAUCCACUCCAUAUUGAACAUACUGUCAGGGGGUAUGAGACUUGCAGUUCAAUAUGCAAGUACCGAGCAGCAGCCGGAGCCACAAAUCCGGAUAUCCACGAAGUUUGCCCGGCGCCAGGGUGAGAUCUGCAAGUGUAUUUGUAACCAAAUCAGAGUUAUGCACGUUUUUAUUGUCAGAAGCAUUAAUAUUACUAUGCUGUGGACGGUUGCGGGGGAUGUUUUCCGAUAUGCAGAAUAUCCGAUGAAAUCUCACUUCCGAAGUAGCUUACCCCGGAUAUCGAGUCAAUUAAUUUUCCCGGUUUACAGGAUGUCUUUCUUUCGGAAGCUGUUGACAGUCACGCAAAAGAAAGGGGGACAAGAGAAGCAGAAAAUAUGGAUGAAGAGUCAGAACUCAGGCGAGAAAUCAAGUGCAAGAAAUAUGUUCUCACGCGAAUUCGAGCCGUGGACCGUGUUAGUAGGUGAUGUUUAUGACAGGGAUGUCCUGGUGCAGGACUCCAGUGCUGGGUAUAUAUCGCGGUGUAAUGUGAACACCAACACGGGUGCAUCGUACACUUUCAAACAUUCAUCGUCUCUAGUACCAUUUCUCUCCCAAGCCAUUCCACCACACAACCGUUGUACUGACCGGGAUUAUAGGUAACCAAGCAAAACGCUCUCGACCGAGAGCCGUUGACGUUCACUAUGUCCUACCACCGUACACAACCUAAGCCAUACUGUCUCGCUUAACCUCCCAUUCCCAGCCACAACCGACUACCAAGCAAGGACUUCUUUCCGCCGUGACAUGGAACCAGAAGGAACCAGAAAGAAGCUCAACCCAAAAAGACCGGCGUUGCGCCGAUAAUGGUCAUCUGGCCU